CUAACCGUGUUUCUUUGCCAGCCAGAACUUUCACAACCUCAACACUCACGUUCAAGUAAUAGACUCACUCGCAAUAACUAUGGCCAACUUCGUCUCGUCGCCAGGACGAAUUCCUUCUGAUGCUGCUCAUCUUCUCCAUUCAUCGCAGCCCGCUUCAUCGAUAGGCAGAGAAGCAUUCACACCACAAAGUUCACAGCCACUUCUCUUCUCAGAAUCCCAAGGCCCAUCCAUAUCCACAGUGCCACCCUCGGCAAGUGUUGCUGGCCACAGAAGGCAGAUUGCUGUACCCAAAGUCGUUGAUGUCACAGGUGAAAAAGUCAGAGAAAGCUUCGAGCUGUUUAUCGAAGAGUUCGUGGAUCCGGAAAUUGACGAUAUGUCUGCUCCAGACGCUGGUCAAUGGGAUGGCCGUGUAUACUUGGCCCAGAUCGAGACCAUGAAGUCGCUCGAAAUCUCGACGUUGUAUGUCAACUAUCAGCACUUGGUGGGCCAGGAAAACGGGGUGUUGGCUACAGCUAUUUUGGAACAAUAUUACCGUUUCUAUCCAUUUUUGCUCAAAGGAUUGAGGCAUUUAUUGAAGAAAUACGCGCCAGCUCUACUCCACACGUCUCUUGUUGGUCAGAAUGCUGAAGAUGACGACUCGUCUCACAAGCCUGGCUUCUCUGAAUCGUCUUCUUCCACUGGAGCACCUGGCCAGUCCAACGAAAGAGUGUUCCAGAUAUCUUUCUUCAAUUUACCUACUAUCAAUCGUAUCAGAGACAUCCGAACGGCCAAGAUCGGAUCGUUGAUGCUGAUUUCUGGUACUGUGACCAGAACUUCCGAAGUCAGACCAGAAUUGUUCCGAGCCUCCUUCACUUGUGACAUGUGUUCAGCCGUCAUUGAAGGUGUCGAGCAGGUGUUCAAGUAUACCGAGCCUACUUCGUGCCCUUCUUGUGAAAACCAGUCGUAUUUCACACUUAACGUCUCCAAGUCGCAAUUUAUCGAUUGGCAAAGAGUUAGAAUUCAAGAAAACUCCAAUGAAAUACCAACUGGUUCCAUGCCUCGUACGCUUGAUGUCAUAUUAAGAGGGGAAACUGUCGAAAGAGCAAAACCCGGAGACAAAUGUAAGUUCACCGGUACCGAAAUCGUGAUUCCCGAUGUAUCUCAAUUGGGAUUACCUGGUAUUAAGCCGCAAUCGGUCAGGGAUAACCGAGGUGUAGUUUCGUCAGAAUUGAGCUCAGCUAUUUCUGGUUUGAAGUCCCUCGGGGUUAGGGACCUCACUUAUAAGCUUGCCUUCCAUGCCUGUCAUGUGUCGUCUUUGGUGAACAAGUCUAACAGUAAUGGUGAAGAGCAAGACUCAACCGAGGUAGACUAUCAGGGCUCCAACGACCAGGAGAUCUUUUUGACCUCGUUGAGCGACUCAGAAGUGUCUCAAUUAAAGGAAAUGGUAAAGGACGAGCAUGUAUACAACAAGUUGGUGCAAUCGAUAGCUCCAGCUGUUUUUGGACACGAAGUAGUCAAGAAGGGUAUAUUGUUGCAGAUGCUCGGAGGUGUUCACAAGCAAACCAUUGAUGGAAUCAACUUGAGAGGUGAUAUCAAUAUUUGUAUUGUUGGUGACCCUUCCACUUCCAAGUCCCAGUUCUUGAAGUAUGUAUGUGGUUUCUCUCCCAGAGCUAUCUAUACUUCAGGUAAAGCCUCUUCUGCAGCAGGUUUGACAGCUGCAGUAGUCAGAGACGAAGAAACAGGUGAAUACACUAUCGAAGCUGGUGCCUUGAUGUUGGCUGACAAUGGUAUCUGUGCCAUUGACGAGUUUGACAAGAUGGACAUUUCUGAUCAAGUCGCUAUUCACGAAGCUAUGGAACAACAAACCAUCUCCAUCGCCAAAGCUGGUAUUCACGCUACUUUGAAUGCCAGAACCUCCAUAUUGGCUGCAGCAAACCCUAUUGGAGGUAGAUACAACAGAAAGUUGGGUUUAAGAUCCAAUUUGAACAUGACUGCUCCUAUCAUGUCUAGAUUUGACUUGUUCUUCGUUAUAUUGGACGAUUGCAAUGAAAGAAUUGAUACACAAUUGGCUUCCCAUAUUGUGGAUUUGCACAUGUUGAGAGACGAAGCCAUCGACCCUCCAUACUCUGCUGAACAGUUAGCCAGAUACAUAAAGUACGCCAAAACGUUCAAGCCAAAGAUGACAAAGGAAGCUAGAGAUUUCUUGGUCACCAGAUAUAAAGAAUUAAGAGACGACGAUGCUCAGGGUCUUGGUAGAUCAUCCUACAGAAUCACUGUCAGACAGUUGGAGUCGAUGAUCAGAUUGUCAGAAGCUAUAGCCAGAGCUAACUGUACCGAAGAAAUCACUCCAAGUUUUGUUGCAGAAGCAUACGACUUGUUGAAACAAUCCAUUAUCCGUGUUGAAAUGGACGACAUUGAAAUGGAAGAAGACAAUGAAGCUGUUAACGACGAUGAUGAGAAUGAUGGCUCGGCAUCCAACGAUAAUGACAAUAACAUUGAGCCUUUGCAAGAAGAUGGAGCACCAGCUCAGCUUCAGGAUACCCCAAGACCAAAGAAGGAAAAGGUAUCCAUUGGCUACGACAAGUACGUUUCAAUGAUGAACUUGUUGGUGAAGAGGGUUUCUGACGACGACAGCGCUGGUGGAGAAGGACUUGGAGCUGAAGAGCUUGUAAACUGGUAUUUGACUCAGAAGGAGAACGAAAUUGCUACGGAACAAGAAUACUACAAGGAAAGAAAGAUGGCCUACAAGGUUUUGAAGAGAUUGGUUAAGGAUAGAAUCUUGAUGAGUGUCAUCAACAACGAAAGUCUGUUACCAGAUGAAGAAGGUGCGUCGGAGCGUGUAGACAAAACCAUCUACAUAUUGCACCCCAACUGUGCUAUUCUCGAUUUCUUUGAUCAAACGAGAAGCACCGAGGGUGAUCAGGAAGUAGACGACACUGCCGAAAUCUAGGUUGGUGGAGCUUUAAUGUUGUAUAUUAGUGAUUAGAUAGUUCUAUUCUUUAUAAUGAAUAUUGUAUAUUAGUUAAUAUAUUUGCAAAUAUGUAUGUGUUU